AUGGCAGCAGUUGAGCAUCAUGAAUUUCUCAGUGACUUGAAUUAUCAGAGGAGGCUGACUAUGAGAAGCCAUUCCACAGUGACUGUCUUUCUUCUUUCAGGGCUCACUGAACAACCAGAGCUUCAGCUGCCCCUUUUCUACCUCUUUCUAGGGAUUUAUGUAGUUACCACUGUGGGAAACCUUGGCAUGGUCGCCAUUAUUAGGUUGCACUCCCAACUUCACACUCCCAUGUACUAUUUCCUCAGCAGUUUAUCUUUUUUAGAUUUCUGCUAUUCUUUUGUCAUCACUCCCAAAAUGCUGGCUGGGUUUUUAUAUGGAGAUAAAGCCAUCUCCUUUUCUGGAUGCAUGGCUCAGCUGUUUUUCUUCUGCAUUUUUGUCAUUUCUGAAUGCUACAUGCUGGCGGCCAUGGCCUAUGAUCACUAUGUUGCCAUCUGUUGCCCACUGCUCUACAACAGCAUCAUGUCCCCGCGGGCCUGUUUUCUGCUGGUGGCUGCUGUCUUCUCAGUAGGUUUCACUGAUGCUAUGAUUCAUGGUGGCUGUAUAUUAAGAUCGUCUUUCUGUGGACCAAACAUCAUUAAACGUUACUUCUGUGACAUCGUCCCCCUCAUUAAUCUCUCUUGUUUGAGCACUUACAUAGAUGAACUUCUGAUUUUUAUCAUUGGGGGAUUUAACAUGGUAACCAUCAGCCUGACAAUCACCAUUUCCUGUGCCUUUAUCCUUACCAGCAUCCUCCGUAUUCGCUCAAAAGAUGGCAGGUCCAAAGCCUUUAGCACCUGCAGUUCCCACCUGCUGGCUGUUCUUAUGUUUUAUGGGUCUCUCAUGUCCAUGUAUCUCAAACCUGCUCCUAGCAGUUCACUAGUCCAGGAGAAGGUGUCCUCAGUAUUGUACAUCAUGGUAAUUCCCAUGUUGAAUCCCCUGAUUUAUAGUCUGAGGAACCAGGAAGUGAAAAAUGCACUGACAAAACUUUCAAGAAGAAAAAUAUCUUCAUAA